GUGUCUUAUAUAUUAUGUAUUUCUUUUGAAUUUCAUGAAUAAGAAUGGUGAUGCUUUGAACUGCGAUUGUCCCAAAGUUAUGGCAAAAUUUCAACGUGUCGGCAUGUUUAAUAUGUCAUGCUACGUAUCGAAAAUGCAGCAAGUAUUUACAGCGUGUACAAAUGGCUACAUUUUGGUGUGGGACAAUGUCCUUUACGAUGAUAAGCACGCUAUUGGUGAUAAUUUCAAGAAGAAAAAGCACUUAAAGACUCUUAAUUUACAGAAAAGCAGUAUUACUGUUAUCAUUGAUAACGAAGGUAUGCUUGUUACGGGAAAUUCGAAUGGUCGUGUUACUUUUUAUGACUAUCAAUUGAAACUUUUGUAUUGGUGUCAGAGUUGCGAUCUCGAUUCCAUUCGAUGGAUAAGCUUUGACCUUCAAUCUAAUUUACUAGCUCCGGCAUUUGAGGUCGAUGUACCUAAAAACGAGCAUCAAGAUGAUAGCAAAACAGAGACAAUCUCAUCAACACUUACUGUAAAUGCAGAAUGUAUUACGCAAAUUUAUCAGAGUAAAUCCACCGCAACUAACGAAAUAAUACCGAAUGGCUUGCCAACGGAUGCUACUUUACAGUGUUCUCCAUUUAAUGUUCGAAAUUUUCUUGCAUGUUCUUCUACGGGCAUAGUAGCGCUAAUAGAAAUCUGGAAGCAGAAGUGUCAUGUUGUGUUUUCUCAUCCGGUUGCAGCCACCACUAGUAUAGAUGCUCAUCCAGAAAGCAAUUAUGUGGUUGUGGGUGAUGCACAAGGUACCGUGCAUUUAUACGACCAUGAGAAGUGCACUUUGAUGAUAUCCAGGAACGUACCACCUCUUCCGGAUUACCAGCCAAUUCUCAAAAGGCAGAUAACUGAUGAAAACAUUGUUUAUGUCACCUGUCUACAAAGUCAUGAGUCUUUGAAGGCUGUCACGGCCCUGAAGUUCUCGCCAAAAUGCGAUAUGCUGGUGUGCGGUUUAGAAAACGGGGCGCUCUGGAUUCUACAUCACAUCACCUUAGAUCCUAUAGAUGAAAUACCAUACAAGCAUUCUUCGACGGCCGUCAAUAAAAUCGCUUUCACGCGGUGUGCCGAAUACAUGGCUUACGCACACGUCUUGACAGUGGUAGUGUUCAAAAGAAACAGUAAUGUUUCUUCGAAGGAGCGUAACAUUUGGAACUUUAUCGGAAAAUAUCACUCACAUUAUUUACCCAUCAGAGACAUACUUUUCGGCUCAGCCGCAUCUGAUUCCAAUGCACCACGAUUUUUCUCUUUGGGAGAGGAUCGAGAGCUCAUUGAAUACGAUCUCGCACACAGUGGACCGUAUCCAGUGCCAGGACUUCAAAUCUUGCAUAUUGAUCAAAUAGAACAGAGUGCCAUUCCCCUUUGUCUGGCGUGGUAUCCCAAAUUCGACAAUGAAAGAUUCCUCAUGAUCUCAAAUUCUGAAGUAAUGCUCUUACGAUUUGUAUAGAUCGUGUUAGCAAAACAUAAUAUCC